CACACCUACCACUGUGAAUAUGCAGACAGAUUGGUUACGUUGGCUUGAGAUCUUCACAUUUGUUUUCCUUGAACUCAACAAAGUGAAGCCUUGCGUUACUAAACUCAACAGGAAAAGAAAUGGAGAAGCUAGGGGAACAAGCCAGCAGAUUGGUGCUUGUGAUAUACCCAUUCCAAGGCCACAUAAACCCUAUGCUCCAGCUAGCCGCUAUCUUUCACUCAAAAGGUUACUCAAUCACCAUAGUUCACCCUGAAUUCAACUCUCCUAACCCUUCAAACCACCCCCAAUUCACCUUCAUAUCCAUUCCAGAUAAGCUACUUGAGUCCAAAGUCUCACUCUCACCAGGGGAUUUUAUGAGUCUGGUUUUGGCUCUCAACAAGAACUGUGCAGCACCAUUGAAGCAAUGCUUGAAGCGAAUCUUGGACGAGAUGCAUCCCUAUGAACGUAUUGCUGGUAUCGUAUAUGAUGCUCUCAUGUACUUUGCUCAAACUGUUGCUGAUGAUCUUGGUUUGCCAGGGAUUAGCAUGCGUCCGACUGCUGCAGCAAUGCUGCUCUUUGCUGUUAUUCCUCAUCCUGAUCAAGAGUCUGUCUUUGAAAACCAAUUACCGGAGCUUCAACCCCUUCAGCUUAAACAAAUGGUUGCAGCUAUGUCAGAGAAUCCAACAGAUGCCAUGUCAGAAGUGAGAGCUGCAGCGUUAAAUGCAACAAAGAGAUCAUCAGCUAUGAUUGCAAACACAAUGGACUUCCUUGAAGAAGUAGCACUGUCAAAGAUUAAAGAAUACUCGCCUGCUCCAAUUUUCACUAUUGGCCCUUUCCACAAAUUAGCUCCAUCCAAUUCCAGCUCAUUACUGAAGGAGGAUGCUUACUGCAUUUCUUGGCUUGACAAACAAGCCCCAAAAUCUGUUAUCUAUGCCAGCUUUGGAAGCAUGGCCAGCUUGAGUAAGCAAGACAUUGUUGAGAUAGCUUGGGGGUUGGCCAACAGUGAACAGCCAUUUUUGUGGGUGAUUAGGCCUGGUCUGGUUCUUGGCUCGGAAGGGACCGAGUUAUUGCCAGAGGGUUUCCAAGAGAAAGUUGGAGAAAGAGGCUGCAUUGUUAAAUGGGCACCUCAAAGGGAGGUGUUAGCGCAUGAUGCAGUGGGUGGAUUUUGGACUCACUGUGGAUGGAAUUCUACACUUGAGAGUGUCUCCGAAGGAGUAGCAAUGUUAUGCAAGCCUUGUUUCGGAGACCAAUUCCUCAACAUGAGGUACAUCUGUUAUGUGUGGCAAAUAGGCCUGGAAUUGGAUAAUGAGUUGGAGAGAGGAAAGAUAGAAGGAGCUAUAAAAAGACUAAUGGUGGAUAUAGAAGGAGUGGAGAUUAGAAAUAAAGCUAUGGAUUUGAAGAAGAAAGCAGAGAUUUGUCUAAGAGAGGGCGGUACUUCAUACAGCUCUUUGAAUGAGUUCACAAAGCGGAUUUUGUGAGUUUGGUUACAUUAUGAGAUGGAGAUAUAUCAUUAGUUAAUGGCAUGCCCUUGAAUUGAAGUUAUAGCUUAUGCUCUGUUCACUACUAUUGAAAAGUGAUUUUGAAGCAGGGAAAUAACUUGGCAGGAACUACCUGAAUACUGAAGUUUGAAGAAAGAGGUUUUAUAUGGUGCCGUUUCUUUGUUUAACAGUAGCAAAUGUUGUUCUUUAUGUCAGUUUAUGUCUUUAUUUCAGUUGUAUUGAAAUGAAGAAUGUACUUGCUGUUUUGUGUGUUUGUGUUUAAGUAGAACAGCAUCUCUAAGUGUCGUUUAGGCCAAGUUCUUUUAUUUCUCUUUGUACGCACAUUAGUGUUGCCGUUUUAAGUGUCUCUGUUAAAGGCUUAACAGCCAUGUCUGGUGUGUUGACUUAGUUAUCGUUGGCACUGCACAGAAAACAAUAAAUCGUUUUCUGUGCUCAGCUAAUUCCCCUCCGAUUUAGUCUCCCAAAGCUGAAUCUAAGGAUCUUAGUUUUUGUAUUGAGAGUAUAUAAAUGAAAAUGCAACUGUUAUUCCGUGGUUGCUUUUGAUUUCCAAA